UGAUGUGGUGGCAGUGGACAGGCACUUCACGCCGCUCUCCUUGGCAAACGAGAACUGGCACAAACCUGUGGUACAAAGUGCUGCGGGCCGCAAGGCGGUAUGGGAGAGUAAGGUGCUACACGGGCGGUUCUACAAGGCCCUCACGGGACCCGAUGUAGACCUGCUCGCGUCGGUGAACUGGUUACGAUUCGGGGACCUCUUCGGAGAAACCGAGGGUUUUGCCUGUGCAAUUGCGGACGAAGUUAUGAUGACGAACAACUAUCGGAAAUAUAUCCUGAAGGACGGUACGGUCGACAUUUGUCGGGCAUGCCGCCGUCCCGGAGAGUCACUCAGGCAUAUCAUUUCCGGUUGUUCUCAUCUUGCUAACGGCGAGUACUUGCACAGACAUAAUCUCGUAGCCAGGAUUAUUCACCAGCAGCUUGCUCUUCUAUACGGCCUUGUGGACUGCGAAGUACCGUACUACAAGUAUUUACCUGUGCCAGUUCUCGAGAAUGGUCGUGCCACGCUCUAUUGGGAUCGAUCUAUCAUCACUGACAGGACUAUUGUAGCCAAUAAGCCUGACAUUGUGAUAAUAGAUCGAUCGCAGCGCCGGGCCGUGCUCGUCGACAUCACCAUCCCCCAUGAUGAGAAUCUCGUGAAAGCCGAGAAGGACAAGUCCAGUAAGUACCUAGACUUGGCUCACGAGAUAACCGCCAUGUGGGAUGUUGAUUCGACGAUCAUUGUCCCGAUAGUCGUUUCAGCGAACGGUCUCAUAGCGAAGAGUCUCGACCAACACCUUGAGAGACUCUCGCUAGGUGGUUGGAUCAAGGACAUAUAUUCGCCGGUUCCUCUCUCUGCGGCCCUGACCACCGGCAGCUUGGGCCCUGCCCCGCUGCUGGCGGCACCCUAGGUUAGGUUUUUUAUAAUGUGUUUAUAUGUAUUUUGUAUUGUUUUGUGUUUUUAUAUUUUACUUUUAUAUACAUAUUAUAAAAAACCUAAUGUUAGAAAAAUAAUAAAUAAAGAGAAUAAUA